AUGAAAGCCGGCCAAUGGGAUCCGAAACAACGAAAAGUCGUGAUCAACGACGUCCCGAAACCAGAACCACAACCCCACCAAUUCCUCGUGAAAAUCCACUCUGCAUCGCUAUGCCACUCAGACCUCGGCAUGAACCUGCGCCCAGACUCCGACCGCCCCGUGACCAUUGGCCACGAGGGUGUCGGCCACAUUGAGUCGAUGGGCGCAGAAGCUUCAGACCACGGUUUCGCCAUCGGCGAUGCAAUCGGCUUCAACUACAUCACCGGAUGCUGCUUCACAUGUGGCGGCUGCCAGGUCCACAAUCUACAGUGCGAGACAGGGAACCAGAAGGUGCAGGGUUUCGGGGUCGACGGCUUCUUCGCAGAGUACGCGGUUGUCGAAUGGCAGAAUGCAGUCAAGUUGCCUGCGAACCUGGAGAUGAGGAGGGCGGCGCCCUUGUUUUGUGCGGGCAUCACGGCGUUUCAUAGUGUGGAUAGUUGCGAGUUGGAGCCGGGUAUGUGGUUGGCGGUUGUGGGGUGUGGUGGGUUGGGUCAGUAUGCUGUGCAGUAUGCUAAAGCGAUGGGCAUCAAAACCAUUGCCCUCGACAUCAACGACUCUCAGCUCGCCAUGGCGAAGAAACUCGGUGCAGAUGCCACUUUCAACUCCAAAACCAACACAAACUACAUCGAAGACAUCAAGAAACUCACCGAUGGGAAAGGAUGCCAUGCAGCCGCCGUCUACUCUGGUUCCAAUAUCGCGUAUGCCGGUGCGCCCAACCUCUUGCGUGCAGGGGGUUUGCUCAUGGUUAUCGGGAUUGCGCCAAAAGGCCUGGAUUUCAUCAACACGUUUGACUUGACGACGGGGAGGUAUAGAAUCAAGGCUGAUAGCACGGGGAUUCCGCAGAGGAUGCAGAAGGCGGUGGAUUUUACGGGCAAGCAUGGAAUUCAGCCUGAGGUGGAGUAUCGCACGCUGGAGGACUUGCCGCGGAUGGUAGAGGAGAUGCAGCAAGGAAAGGCUGAGAAGAGGCAAGUUGUUGUAUUUUGA